GGGAAACAUGAACAACUUCUGGGAAAUAGAUGGGUAAUUGCACCCCUUGCCCCCAUCAAUCCACCUUACCUGGUUCCUUGCUGUCUUCUAAUAAACAUUUUAACAAACACCUCACCUGCAAGCAACCUUCCCCUCUCUCCUUCCGAGAAGAAUCUCAUUCUCUCUCCACACAUAUAAAUAUAUAUUGGUUUACGCACAUAUGCUCGCAAAGAUAUCUCUCUCUCCAGGAUCUACUUUCCGAGGGAAGCGCACACGUAAUCGUAAGUUUAAGGAGAACUAAUGGCUGCCGGGUUCGAUAAGAUGACGGGCCGUUUCGAGGAUCUGUUGCCGGUGAUGGCGGAAAAUCUAGGUGGGGAGGGGCUGAUCAGAGAGCUCUGCAAUGGGUUCGAGCUGCUGAUGGAUAAAGACAAAGGGGUAAUCACCGUGGAGAGCUUGAAAAACAACUCCGCAAUGCUGGGGUUACAGGAUUUGAGGGAUGAUGAGUUAGCCAGCAUGGUGAUGGAAGGUGAUCUUGACGGCGAUGGAGCUCUCAAUCAGAUGGAGUUUUGCGUUCUGAUGUUCAGAUUGAGUCCUCGUUUAAUGGAGGAAUCUCAGUUAUGGCUUGACCAGCUUCUCCUCCACAAUGCUGAAUUUUGAUCGCACCCCUUCUUUUUUCUUUCUUUCUUUCUUUCUUUCUUUUGCAGAAUUUGAUUGUUUGUAAAUCAUUCUAUAAGUAACUGGUUUGACCAUCUACUUUCUUCAAUGUUUUGUUCAUGAUCAAUCCCAAGGAAGAACAAACAGAAUUUACGAUCGACCAUCUCAUGUUUGUCUUCUUGGUUUUCUUGUUCAUCAAAUUUGUUAGACUAAUUCUUGGAAUGCAGAGAGAGAUGGAAUAAUUUUAUGCUAUAUGAAAUAUCCAGGAAGCUUAACAUUUGAGGAGGAGGUGAGGUUCAGUGAAUUGGGAAC